GCCCGCUUCUACUCUCAGUAAUCAGGUUCUGAGUGAAUUCAAGGUUCAACUCCAUGAUCACCACCGCGCUCAGCCAUUCACCUGGUUUCACAAUUGCGGUUAAUUCACCUGAGGAUCCUCUCGUACCCUUUCUUUGGUCUAUCAAGAAAGCCCUAGAAGCUUCGGGUGAUUCCACUCCAAACCUCAGUAACUUACUCGGAGAUUGCAUCAGAAACUUCAAGAACAAUGACCGGUAUCGGAACGACGUCAGAUUCCUCAAAAUCUGGCUCAUCUAUAUGGGAGUUAGUGAUGAUUUUGCCAGUGUUUUCAAAGAAAUGGUGGACAGUAAUGUAUGUGCCAAUAAUUCUUCACUUUAUGUUUGGUCUGCAAGUUUAUUUGAGUUGAAGGGAAGAUUGCGUGAUGCUCUCUCCAUCUAUCAGCUUGGGAUUGGCAGGAAUGCGAAGCCAGUUGAGUGGUUGAGGAAGGCGCAUUCCUUGUUUCUCAAUAGAAUGUCUGAAAUACAGAAUGCUGCUUCAAACCUGAAGGUUGAUGAUAUAGAAUCCAUGAAACUGGAAAAUUGUGGCAUUAAUCCUUGGGACACUUCCACCAUGGAUAGCCUGUUAAAGAAGAUACAUCCUUUACUUAUGAAAUUUGAUGGGUACCGUUCAAGCGCUAAACCAUACUCAGGAAAAGUGGCCUUAUCUGCGUUGAAGAAUUCAUCAAGGAAUAAAGUUAUUGAGAUAGGUUGUGGAAUGAAGUACCUUAUAAAGGGAUGUGCUGGACAGGGUGGUUUUGCCCAAGUAUAUAAGGCUAAUGUCAACAGUGAUCCUGACAAUGUUGUUGCUCUAAAGAUACAAAAACCAGCUUUCCCGUGGGAAUUUUACAUUUAUCGUCAGCUUGAUCGGCGCAUCUUAGACAGAGAGAGGUCAAGUUAUGGGUUCGCUCACGGAAUUCAUAUCUAUUCUGACUCUAGUAUACUCAUAUGUGACUAUUUAGCUAAUGGGACACUACAGGAUGUGGUGAACUCAUAUCUGGUCUUAGGAAAAUCCAUGGAAGAAGUGUUAUGCAUUUACUACACUAUUGAAAUGUUACACAUGGUUGAAACUUUGCAUGGUGUUGGCUUGAUUCAUGGUGAUUUCAAGCCUGAUAAUCUGCUAAUUCGAUAUGCUAGGAGUGACCUUACUGAAGAUGGGUUCUUGAACCGAAGUGGUCCUUGGUGUGAUGAGGGUGUUUGCCUUGUGGACUGGGGAAGAGGGAUUGAUCUGCAACUCUUUCCAGAUCACACGGUAUUUACGGGUGAUUGCAGAACUUCUGGUUUUCGCUGCAUUGAGAUGCUAGAGAAGAAGCCGUGGAAAUUUCAGGUAGAUGCAUAUGGCCUUUGCGGUAUUGUUCAUGUGAUGUUGCAUGGUUCCUAUAUGGAAGUCGUCAAAAAAGAACAGUCUGAUGGGGGCUACGUGUAUCUUCCCAGACUACCCUUUAAACGUUACUGGAACAUUGAGCUCUGGAAGAGUUUCUUCACUAAAAUGCUAAACCAAUACCCCCAUGAUGAUGAUCGUAGUUUUCUUCAUGACUUGAAAAAGUCCUUCCAAGACUAUAUGGGCUCCAAUCCCCAGCUUAUAAAGAAACUAAAGGGGUUACUCUCAAGGCAAAGGGCUUCCAUGUGUUCUGCUUAAUGUUUCAAGAUCAUUACAUCCACACUUCUGUUGUAACCGUCUACUAAUCACCUCUUAUAUUAUUGUUGUGAAGGAAGUAAAUAAAUGCACAAUGCAAGCAAUCAAAGAGAGAUUUAGAAGGUAAACGUUCUUUCGUUUUUUAAGUUUUGUAGCACAUGCUCAUUAACUAAGGAACAAACCAUGUUUUAGUUAGUUAAGACUGGAUGCACUCUUAUCCACUAUAGUGACAAGCUCACCUUUUGUGUAUAAGCAUGCAUUAGCCCCUGUAAUUAUUAUUCUUUUAUUCUCUGUAGUUUGAUUAAGGUCAGAAAUUUGACCCUUUUUAAGUAAUGGGUUCGCGCAUGUGUGCAAAUGUAUUGUAUUGUAUGCAGGUAGUGUGACAGUUGUAUAUUGUAUAUUGCGUUACGUUUAUUGUUU